CACAAAUCGAACAAUCCAAAACAAGCUACUUAGCUAGCUAAGCUACUCUUCCUGUGUUGCCAUGGUUCCCUGUUGCACCACCCUCAUAUCCCAUAAUUCCGUUUUACAAACAGGAAGUGCUUUGAUAGCCGUAUUAGCUUAAACAUGUCUUUUAAAAGAGAAGGUGAUGACCACAGUCAACUAAAUGUCUUGAAGAAACGGCGUGUUGCGGAUUUGCUGUCCAACUACAUUCCCGAGGACGAAGCUACUCUGAUGAAAAAUGGAAGGUAUAGCUGUUUGGUGUGUUCACAUCGUCCUAUUUUUGACACAGUUGAUAUGCUGACAGUACACAGAAAAGGGAAGCGGCACCUCGAAGGUCUAAAAUGGUUUUAUGGCAAAAAAGCUCAGCUACGAAAUGAAAUUGAUAAGAGGCGACAUCAAGAAUAUGUUAAUGAAGAAGAUGACCAGCAGGAAACAGGCAGCUCCGCUCCAUUACUAACACAGACACGAAAAAUUACCCACCAUGCCUUGCUGAGAUCUACACCUUAUAACAGCUGCCAUAAAAAGGCCAGUGAAAGAUCUGAAAAGCCAGCAACUCAGUUGAAUCCAGACUGUAGCAGCAACCACAGUGUUGAUGAAGGCAUUAUUCCCACAGCUAAGACCAAAAUCAACACAGAUACCACACCUGCUCAUGGUCAAAUAUCAGAUGCAAGCCAGGACCAGAUGGAGACACAAAUGAAGAAAAAGAAAAGGAAAGCUGCUAAUCCUGCUGAGUCUGAGCCUGUCACAGAGCAGAGACGCAAAGAACUAGAACACUACCUCAAAUUAAAGAGCAACGGAUGGCUCCAGGACCCCAGUGGUAAAUGGGUAAAAGAUGAAAAUGUGGAGUUUGACUCAGAUGAGGAAGAACCGCUUCCAAUGCUCCCUACGAAUGACACUUCAUAGACUAUGUUGAGAAGCUGUGGCCAAACUUCUUGCUUUCUGGACUUCUCCCUGCUUCCUCAAAAAGACUUCCUUUUUGUGUUAAAGCUACAAGCGCAGAAGGAACUGCUGACCAGUGAGGAAGCUAGUUUCCCCCACAAAGCUGAGUUAUUUUUUUUUCAACAUGUCGAGAAUGUGUCUUGGCAUCUUGCUAAAAAGAUUGUUGUACCAAAUUGGUUACUUUGUAUUAAAAUGGAUAACGCUGACUCUAAAGGAAAGCAUGACUUGAUAUAUUUUUCCUUAUUUAUAUUUCUCACUAUUAGUAUUUAGACUUGCACCUUGAGAGAGGUCACAGAUGCAGAACAGAAUCACACAUAAAAUUAGAGCUCUUAAGUCACAAAACUGGAUCCUGUUCCAAAAUGCCAGAGUGGGGAGUGUAUAGUGUAGUGCCACUGCUGUCUAAUUCUGAUCAUGAUGGCAUGUUUGAGGUAAUGAGAAAUAAAAACUAAAUACAAAUACAUUUUAAAAACAACAACUAAACAUUGAUUGAUUAAUUUCAGAAGUAACACAAUUAGGCAAUCACCUAGUAGCCUUUGUUCCAAAGUCAGAAUAUUGUUUGUGGAAGUUCUAAAGCUUGAAUUAAUAGCCUGUGUUUUUAGACGAGAGAAUGGCUGUCUCUGCAGCCAUAGGUCAAUAAAAAAAGACUUAAGAGAUCAGCAGCUGUUCUGAAGGUGGGUCUCUGCAUACACCCCCUUCCCUCCUAACCUGAUAUGAAGCUAAAUUUGGAGCUGUGUAACUAAAUCACUGGGGACAGACUUUCGUAGGUAUAAAUAGGCAGAUGGCAGAGGAAAUUGAAAAGAUCCGACUGUUCUGCAGUCAAAGGAUUCAACAGUAACCAGCUCUGCAUUAAUCACACAAUGGUUCAGCACAAUGAACUGACCUAACAGUGGUUAAAUAAUACUGACUACGAAAGCUUUUCUGUUCUGUUAAUCAUGUGACUGAACUGAAAUCUGAAACAAUUUUGUCAUUAUAUUCCUAAUCAAUAUUAAUUAAUAAGAUGUUUUUAAGUAGUCCUGCUGAGAAUCAUCAGUGUGGAUAAAUGGACUUUCUGAUCAACUAAAUUCUCUGCAGUGCCAUUUACUUAGGAUAAAUUAUGCAUGUUACAUGAAUAAAUCACAUUAACCAGUGUUGAUGAUAGUGACACAUUUAAUGACUAAAUGCACCAGGCUUACUAAUUUGCACUCUGCUUUGCAUAAAUGCUUAGAUAAUGCAGAAAAUCAAUCUAAUUAGGAGUUAAUUAGGGGUGGCAUUGGCUUUAUAACCGUCUUCUGAGAUGGUGACACACAGUUUUAUAAUCUCAAUUUAACAAAACUGAAGCCUGAUUAGACAAUGAAAAAGAUAACAUUUUAUUUAAAAUAUGUACAGAUCUUUUUGUUAGAAGCACCAUAUUCCAAAAAAAAAAUCAUGGCUCAAGAGAUGAUCAAGUAUUGUCUUUUUACAA